AGAUAGAGCGACUAUGCCAGGGACAAUAUUCAAUUAAGCCAGACCAGAUGCAGGUUAUUAACCCUCUCCUGAUUGUUAUCUUCAUUCCUAUGUUCGAGUACAUUAUUUAUCCUGUAUUGGCAAAAUUUAAUUGCUUAACUAGGCCUCUCCAGAGAAUCACUACAGGUGGCCUUCUAGCCGCUUCUUCUUUUUUCAUCGCUGGCUUUCUACAAAUAAGAAUUGAGAACUCUCUUCCUCAAACUCCAACUGCAGGGUUUAGCCAGUUCGGAAUCAUUAAUACACUGCCUUGUCAUCUUAACCUUACUGGUCUUAGAAAUAUCACACUGGAGUCUGGCGAGGUUCAUGUUUUAGAAAACUUGGAGGCCGACAAAACUUACAGAAUCUCUUUCGCUGCUGAUGGGUGUGGUAACUUGACUAAAGCGGAGGAUUACAAUGUAACUUUGGCUAGCGGAAAGAUACAAACAAUGAUGGUCACCUCAAAUUCUGGAAAUAUUGUUCUUAAAAAUCUCGAAGAUCCCCUGAGAACGUCUGAAACUGGCACUGCUAAUAUACAAUUUUUCUUCAUACUGCACAAAAACCUAAAACUACAACCAACAGUGAAUUCCACUCUGAUAAUCAAAGGAAAGGAAAACAUAUACUUUGUUCCAUUUGAUUUUGAAAAGUAUACUAGUAAAGGAAUAACCAUCGGAAGCAUGACUUCUAUGAACAUCUUACCUGGAGAAUAUAACCUGUAUCUACCAGUUGCUGAUAGCCCAUUGAAAGAGAAGGUUAUCCAAACUGACGCAAAAAUUGGAACGUUUCAUGUCCAAAAUGGUGGGAGUUACAUCUUAACACUCGCACCCAUAAACCACACUGAGAAGCUGGGAUUUCAUACAUACACCAUCAUUCGACCAAAUGAGAUUUCGAUAUUCCUACAAAUCCCACAGUACAUGGUUAUCACAGCAGGAGAAAUCAUGUUUUCAGUUACUGGCCUUGAAUUCUCCUAUUCUCAGGCUCCAGCAUCCAUGAAGUCCGUGCUGCAGGCUGCGUGGCUUUUAACCGUGGCUUUUGGAAACUUGAUUGUAGUAAUCGUUGCUAAGCUACAGCUGUUCCACCGACAGUCGUUUGAAUUUUUAAUGUUUGCUAGUUUAAUGGUCGCAGUCAUGUUGGUAUUCGCCAUCAUGGCGUACUUCUACAAAUACGUACAACAGCCACAGAAAGAGAACACUGUUAUCGACCAAAGCAACACAGAAGUGACAUCCAGAGAAAAUGUAUUUUCAAAUGAAGCAUUUGGUGACGAUAAGAUGUGAUGACGUCAUCGCCCGUGUGGAAAUUACAACUACCUGUAUCUUUGAGACAUAUGCCUAAUUAUUUCCUUUAAAAUCGAACACUGGAAUGAAAUCAUAAUUUGUAUCUAGAAGUUAUUGUAAUGCAAACUAGUCCUGUUUACAAAUAUUAUAUUCCAUUUUCUAUUCGUGUUCCUUUUAACGUGUGGUGCCAUCUCUCGAGUACUCGAUUUAAAAUGUUUCUAGAAAUUUUAGUGAAGCAUUAAAACUGGGCGGUUAUAAGCCGAAGUAAAAAGAAAAGUAUUAAUGGAUGGUAUAUAAUGUUAUUUAACUUUUACUGCACGAAUGUUUGAAAUGAUCGUAGCACUAAAGCUAAGUGUUUGAAAUAACUUGACUAAUCCAUUAACUAUUAAACAAAUCGUUGGUGUAUAUACAUCAGAGUAAUUGUACAAGUGUUUACAGUGGUUGUGUUAAAGGCUGUAACUUUCGUCCAAGUGAUUCAUGGAAGAGAUCUGAACAAGUAUGCAUCUUUAGAAAAUACUGAGAUACUUUGUGAAAAAAAAUUAUAAUGUGUUGUUAGCUUUUAGAUAAUAAUAAGUUAUAACUAUGUUUGCACAAUGUAAGGGCUUUUUUUUUUAGUGUGUCAGUUUUAUUGUAAGUAGGACAAAAUAAAUGACAAUUCCAACUUCAUCAGACUAUAUUUAUGCUACGUAUUACAGGGUUGUUUUAAAUGUCUAUAUUUUGAAUGAAUAAUUCAGUAUCUAGUUGAAAAUGUGUGAGAACAAACGUGCAAAUUCUAUUGUUUGUGAUAUAUAAUUCAUGACCAAAAAACUAAAUUUUUCUGGAUAUCUCUCUCUAACUAUCUAUCUAUAUAUAUAUGUAUGUAUAUUUAUUUAUUUUUAUCCUCCACGCCCUACUACGUCACUUAACGAAGCUAAUUUUAUAUACUUUAGGGCCGAAUGUGGCCCAGUAUUUAACAUGCUAGACUGUGCCCCUUAGAUUCGUGUUUAGAGUCCCGUUAGUGAAAAAAAAAAAUCGGACUCCACACGUUGGGGUCGUUUGUGCGUUAAACACCGAGACGGUUAAACCCCACUAUUCGGUCUUACAAGAAUAUCCCAAAAGUUGGCGGUGGGUAAUGUUGAAUAUAUAUAGCUGUCUUCCCUCUAGUCUAUCGCUUUAAUAUUAGGGACGGCUAGUGCAGAUAGCUUUCCUGUAGUUUAUGCGAAACCCAACAAACAAACAAAAGAAUAGCUAUUUACUUCGCUUGAAUGUGAUUGGCUAGAAACUCUCGAAAUCUAAGUACCGUAUCGAUAAAAAUAUAAAUAGGACGGACACACGAAACGUCUUGACCAUAUUUUGGUACUUAACACCAUUGAACACAUUUUCAUUAUAAUUUUUAAUAGUGUGUUUGGGCUAUCUGUGCUCUGCCCACCACGAGUAUCGAAACCCGGUUUCUAGCAUUAUAAGUCCGUAGACAUACCACUGACGGAUGUAUAAUAACUGGAUUAUACUAAAUAAAUGUCUGAUAUUAUAACUAUAAUUACAUAUAAUAAUAAGCGCCAUCUGGUAGUGUCAAUGAUAAGGUAUUUAAUUUUAAACCUUCGUGCUACUACUCUUUAGUGUCUAUUUAUUUAACAAGCUGACCGUUAGGAACUUGAGGCGUGACGUUCUACCAUAGAACGCAUAGUUUUCGCUACGGUAUUAGAACAUUUGACAAGGCAAAAAUAGAAAAAAUAUUUAAACAGUCAGUACACUCAUGUGAAUUGCUAAAAUUUUUCAGCAAUUCAACCUCAAUGAUUAGCAAAUUAUAGAAAUAUCAAAGUAUUUACGCUUUAAUGAUUCGAAAUUUUUAGAGUUAGAACAAUUCAUACUGCAGCCCCCUAACUUAAACUUCGUUAAAUAAAAUCUAGUUGGAAAAAUUGUAAAUCAAAUAUGAUGACUUAAGAGGCUUCGUUUACAGAUGGCGUUCCAUGAAGAUCGGAUAUCUUUCAAAAUGAUUAAUUUGUCAUGUUCGUUUGUUGAAAGAAGAGAUAUUUCUAUUUUUAAUAUAGUGAGGAAACACAGGAACUAAUUUAACAAGUAUAUUUUUGUAUUUGCCAAAAAAAAAAAAUAUACAACAGAAUAGAUAAGCAACGCUAUACAGAGAUGUUUUAUAUGAGCGUUAAUAACGAACAUCUACGAUCUUAUAAAAUGUAGUAAAUGCAUGAAGUGUUUCUUUUCUGACUUAAAACAGUGUGUUAUGUUUAAUACACUUUUAUUAACCAUGACAAAUAACUACUUGAUAAUGGUUGGUGACGGCUUGAAUGGAUAAUGAAGAAGAACUUUAAUAUAAGUUUAACAUAACAGCAAAUGUACAACGUUUCGACAAGGUUUUGUCAUCAUCAGGUAUAUUCAUUACCCAUUCAAGCCGUCUCCAACCAUUAUUAGUCUCAAAGUGGGUUCCUGGUCAUCGAAUACGAAAAUAACUGAUUUAUUAAAUUUCAUAUAUUCUGAAAUAUGUGUUUAAAUAUUGUUAUCAGUUUCCCUUCUGUGGGUUUCAAAUAGCUUUUAAAGAAAUAAAAAUCUAAUACGAUCAUGAAAAAAUCCUUGGAGAUUCACAUUUUUCUAGUUGUUUUUAUGAAUACAUAUUUUAUUUAAAAUGUGCGCUAAAGAAAUAUUUCAGAGGUUCGAAUCGAUGUGUGAAUAGUUGGGAAGUUUCGAUAACUCUUCGGAAAAUUCUGUACUUCGUGAAUAGUCGGGAAGUUUUCGUGACUCCCCGGAAAGUUCUGUACCUUAUAUAUAUUGCAUAGUUUGGACUUCCGAGGAAUGUUAUAUAUUGAAUUACUGGUUUCAACUUUUCAUGCGUUUAAUAAGCAGCCAACCUAAGAUGUGUUUAAUUAUGUCACUGUACAAAAAACGCCAAAACAAGUAACAAUACAGUCUUGUUUGUUAUAUUACAUUCUUAUAGAAAAAUAUCUUUUGAAAAUGGUGUCAAAAUUACGCUUUCAUUAGUCACCCGGAAAGAGAAUCUUAAACAAAAAAGACCUAACGGUUUUUGCAUUUGUAAUCACACUAAAAGCGUUAUUCUGGUCAAAAAUAUGAAAAACCUACGCCUUGUCAACUGUAUAUCUACCAGUUUUAAAAUACAGCUUCAACUACUAAACAACACUUUGUUUGAUGUCUAAUUUAAAAACUGGUGCACCAGGGAGAUGUCACAUUCCUGUGAUACAGAAAUAGCCUUGUAAGUUGCUACAAUAAUUAAUAAAACAAAGAAAGUUUCUACAUAUUGAUAUUACUUCUAUGCCCAUGUAACGUUGAUGUACUUUAUUUAUGUGAAAGCUAAUAAAGAUGUCAAAUAAC